AUGCUGGGUAUUCAAGAAGGAAGGGCGUUUUUCAAUGCCGCACGAAACCCAAACAAUAGGCCAGAGAAUAAUAUUAGAAUUGAAGACAACUUACCAAGUCUAAAUGAGGUGUACAAUUAUUUUCAGGAUUUUUUGUCAAGAUAUUCAUCAAAUACAUUAAAAGAAGGAAAUUUGAAAAGAACAUUAUUUGAAAAUGUGAAAAAUAAUAAUUUUACUUUAGAUUUAAAACUAGAUGAUAUAUAUAAGCAACAAACCGUUUUUGAAAAUAAUGAAAUAAGUGCUACCCCAAUAUCUGAAAGAAAAAUUAAAAAACCUGAUAAUUACUCUGCAAUAUUAGCUAGAGCAUUAUCUGAAAGACCUUUGACAUAUUUACCCACCGUUGAAAGAGUAUGCUAUGAAGUAUGUGAAACAGCAAAUAUAUUAAGCGAUGAAGAUGAGCAUUUAAAUUAUAUACAAAUAAAUUUAUUAAAUACAUUUAUUAGACCUACACCAAUAAGAGGCCUAUUAGCAGCAACACAAGAACGAUUUGUUGUUGUACCUGGUAUUAUUGUUCAAGCUAGUAAACCUCAACAUAAAAUGAGAAAAAUUACAUUACAAUGUCGAUAUUGUGAUCAUAAAAUGUCUAUAGAUGUACCACUAUGGAAAGAUAAACCACAGUUACCACCAUACUGUAGAUAUUCCUCUACCAUGAAAUCAUCAAUGGGUGUUGCUAAUCCAAUGGAUAAUCAAUUAGGUUGUAAUGGUGUUUUAGAACCUUAUGUUAUAUUACCAAAUGAAUGUACUUUUGUUGAUAUUCAAUCAUUAAAAAUGCAAGAAUUACCAGAAGCUGUACCAACAGGAGAUAUGCCAAGACAUUUACAAUUAAAUGCUACAAGAUAUUUAUGUGAAAAAAUGAUACCAGGUGAUCGAGUUUAUGUUCAUGGAGUUUUAACAUCAUAUAAUCCAAAUCCUAAACCAACAAGAGUAGAUGGUACAAACUUCUCAUAUUUACAUGUUUUAGGUUUUCAAAAAUAUGAUGAUAUGUCAGGUAAUGAUUUAAAUUUUGACGUUGAAGAAAGAAAUGAAUUAACAUUAUUAGCAGCUGAACAUGACAUACAUGAUAAAAUUUUUAAAUCAAUUGCUCCUGAAUUAUAUGGGAUGGAUGAAGUUAAAAAAGCUUGUGCAUGUUUAUUAUUUGGAGGUACAAGAAAAAGAAUAGGUGAAGAAACAAAAAUUAGAGGUGAUAUUAAUAUGUUAAUGCUUGGAGAUCCAUCUGUUGCUAAAUCACAAAUUUUAAAAUUCGUAAAUAGAUGUGCUCCGGUUUCAGUUUAUACAUCUGGAAAAGGAAGUAGUGCAGCUGGUUUAACAGCGGCUGUUAUGAGAGAUAGUCAUGGUGUCUUUUCAUUAGAAGGUGGUGCUAUGGUGUUAGCUGAUGGUGGAGUUGUAUGUAUUGAUGAGUUUGAUAAAAUGAGAGACGAUGAUGUUGUAGCUAUACAUGAAGCUAUGGAACAACAAACCAUAUCUAUUUCUAAAGCUGGUAUAACAACAAUGCUAAAUACAAGAUGCUCUGUUAUAGCUGCUGCUAAUCCAUCCUUUGGUUCCUAUGAUGAUUCACAAGAUACUACAGAUCAACAUGAUUUUAAAACUACUAUUCUGUCAAGAUUUGAUAUUAUAUUUUUAUUAAGAAAUAAACAAGAUAUUGAAAAAGAUACAUUGUUAUGUAAUCACAUUGUUGCAUUACACGCAUCAAAGCAUAAAUCUCAAGAAGGAGAAAUAUCUUUAUCAAAGCUUACUAGAUAUAUACAAUAUGCAAAAAAAGAAAUAUCCCCAUUAUUAUCAAAAGAAGCAAGAGAUUCUUUAAGAAACUAUUAUGUACAAACAAGGGCUGAAUACAGAGGAGAUAAAAGAUCUGUUACAAAGAAAAUACCCAUCACAUUACGUCAACUUGAAUCUUUAAUUCGAUUAGCUGAAAGUUUUGCUAAGAUGGAGUUAUCGCAGUUUGCUACGGAAAAACACGUUCAAAUGUCAAUUGACUUGUUUUCAGCUUCAACAGCAGAAACGGCAAAGCAAUGCAUGGUAUUCGAAGCAAUGUCUCCUUCCGAGCAAAAGGCUGUCAAGCAAGCCGAAGAUGCCAUAUUGGGAAAAUUAGGAAAGGGGCAAAGAGCCUCAAGAGUCAAUUUAUUUAGAGAGCUACAGCUACGAGGUUUCGACAGAUCCGCCUUAUCAAAGGCACUAGCUAUACUCAUUAAAAAGGGAGAGCUUCAAGAAAGAGGAGAUCGCUCUGUUAGAAGGUGUUAA